AUGGAUGUUUCAUCUGGAAGUGUGAUUUUGCCAGAGGAUCGAAUGACUGUUUCGUGUCCACCCGAAACUUUUGAUGAUAAAGGUAUUUAAGGAAGGGUUUGGGGAAUAGUUAGCUCAACUCAAAAAAAUUUCCAGAAUCAACAUUGAAUGUGAUACCUGAAGAAUCUACCAACGGAACUCGACUAGAUUAUGAAAUUCAACGACCUGAAAGACCUGGCGAAACAACAUCUCAACAUGGAUCAAGAAGAUCUUCGUGUUGUUCAGCUGAUGAUGAAAAUGAAGAAGAUGAUGUAGAAGUUCGAGUUGAAACUCUGAAUAUUGAAGAUGAAGAUUUACCUGAACAGCAACAAAAUCAGAAAUCAGAAGAAGAAGCAGAAGAGCAACCUUUGACAGAUCGAUAUGGAUUUUUUGUGAAUCAAAAGAUACCUGGUCAAAUUCUAGCCUCCUCCACGGAAAACACAACAAUAUCGAUUGAAAAAUUGAGAAGUCGAGAAAGAAAAUGGAUGCAUAUGAUCAAAAAUUGGCAAUAUUUUAUGGAUGAAAAAUUCGAGUUGGUCAAAACACGAUGUCGAAAAGGAAUUCCGCCGAGUAUGCGAGGACAGGCUUGGAUGUUGUUGUGUGGAGGAUUGUAUCAUAAAGAGGUGUCGCCAAAUCGAUUGGUUUUUGAUGUAUGCGCGGGGGUUUUGGAAGGGGGGAUGGGAAAUUACAAUUAUCGAAACCUGAAGUUUUGAAAUUUUUGAUUUGGGUCAUGAAUUUUUGAACCAACUCGAAUUUUCCAAAAAAAUUUUGCGAAUCACGAAAUGUUAUGUGAAAAAUUUGAAUUUUGAAGUUUUCGUGCCAUAAAGGCUUGAGGUGAAAGUUUUUCAAACGAUACUCCACGUUUACGCGGUCAUUUUUCAUGCUUUUUGAUGAGAAAUGACCCCGUAAAUGUGGAGUAUCGUUUGAAAUACGAGAAACAACGAUGCUUCGUGUUUACACUUCGAAAAAUGAUGAGAAACAUGCUAUCGUGAAAAUCACAUUGAAAUUUCAUUUUCACUUUUUAAAAAAAAUUGAACUGAAAAUCUGAGUCAACUCUAAAAAUUUUGGAAUUAAGAACCUUUUAGGUCUAAUUCCCUACCUAAAAAUUCUAAAAUAAUUUUUUGAUCUAUGACGUGGCAACUUUUAGCCCCUCAUAAUGUUUUUGCAGUAUUGUAUAAAUCAAGAUGGCGAUCCAAAAUGGAUUGAUGAUAUUCAAAAAGAUCUCAACAGACAAUUUCCCGAACAUGAAUUGUUUUCAAGAACUGGAAAAUAUGGAAAUGGAGGGUAAGUCUUCAUUUUUAAUUAAUUAAUUAACCAAUCAAUAAUUUUUUUUUUCUUCUUUAGAAAAGACGAUUUAUUCAAUCUUCUAAAAGCCUAUACAGUCGUCCAUCCGGAAGAAGGAUAUUGUCAAGGACAGGCUCCGAUUGCAGCGGUUCUUCUAAUGCAUAUGCCAGUUCGAGAUGCGUUUUAUUGUUUUGUCCAAAUUUGUCACAAAUAUUUGCCCGGAUAUUAUAGUCAAGGUCUUGAAGCGAUUCAAAUUGAUGGAGAUAUUUUGAACAAAUUGUUGAAGGAGAAAUCGAAAUUGACUUAUCGAUUGUUUGUGGGUUUAAAUUUUGCAGUGGAAAAUUUUCGAAAAACCAAAAGACCUGGAAAAUAUACGUUUCUAGGAUUUUAUAAAGUGAAUAAAAAUUAUACAGGAAUGAUGGAUCUCUUAUUCUUGUACGUGGUGGCAAAAACAAUGAAAAUUAGGGUUUUCAUAAAUAGAAUUCUUCGAAUAUCUAGUCCGUGGCCUAGAAUUCUCAUGCGAAGGUUCUAAUGACCGAGAAAACCAAAUCUCACAAAAACUAGUCCGCGGCCCUGAAAACCUCCAUCCUAGGACCAUUUUACUAGAAAUCCAAACAUAAUUUUCAGAAUGAAAACACUCACAAGACUCCUGAAAUUUCAAGCUCCUCUCUAUCUCCCCAAAUAUUAUUUUUUCUUCAGAAAAAGAACAACAUCGAUCCAAUCCUCUAUAUGGUCGAAUGGUUCAUGUGUGUCUAUUGUCGAACACUUCCCUGGCCGACAGUUCUACGUGUCUGGGAUAUGUUUCUUUGCGAAGGCAUCAAAAUCAUGUUCAAAGUUGCGCUGGUUUUAUUGAAAUACGGUUUGGGCUCACCGACACAGUGUAAAGAUUAUCCGGAUAUGCAUGCGAUUUUGACGAGACUCAAGAAUUUACCGCCACAAAUUAUGACCGAACAAUUUAUUGUGGAAAAGGUAUAUCUAUUUAUAUUUGAAAUAUAAUUUUAAAAAUUCUGAACAAUUUUUGCAGGUCUGCGAAAUGACUUUAAAUGACAGUGAAAUGGAAAAGUUACACUUCAGCGCAAUGAAACUUCGCCAAAUGAGAUUUGACAAAAAUUCCUAA